GCCCGCGCCGAGCCGGCUCAGAGCGAGAAAAGCGAACCCAACCCGUCGGGGCCGCCGCUCCGGACCCACCGCCUGCCGCCGCACGCCGCCCGCCGCCGCCUCCUCCCCCCGGAUCGGGUGUACUGUCCCAACCCGAAAGUCCAGUUCUGCGGCCCGGCAGCGGCGAGCGAGUGAGCGCGAUGACACAGGAGUACGACAACAAAAGGCCAGUGCUGGUUCUUCAGAAUGAAGCCCUUUACCCCCAGCGGCGCUCCUACACCAGUGAGGACGAAGCCUGGAAGUCGUUCCUGGAAAACCCUCUCACGGCAGCCACCAAAGCCAUGAUGAGCAUCAAUGGAGACGAAGACAGCGCCGCUGCCCUGGGCCUGCUCUAUGACUACUACAAGGUUCCCAGAGAGCGCAGAUCAUCGGCUGUAAAGCCUGAGGGAGAGCACCCAGAACCAGAGCACAGCAAAAGAAACAGCAUACCAAAUGUGACGGAGCAGCCCCUCAUUUCUGCUGGAGAAAACAGGGUGCAAGUGCUGAAAAAUGUACCCUUCAACAUCGUUCUCCCCCAUAGCAACCAGCUGGGCAUUGAUAAGAGAGGCCAUCUGACAGCUCCUGAUACUACAGUCACUGUCUCCAUAGCGACCAUGCCUACCCACUCCAUCAAGACAGAAAUCCAGCCGCACGGCUUCACUGUGGGAAUCCCCCCAGCAGUGUACCACUCGGAACCCACCGAGCGCGUGGUGGUUUUUGACCGGAGCCUCAGCACUGACCAGUUCAGCUCUGGCCCACAACCUCCCAACGCUCAGCGGAGGACUCCGGACUCCACCUUCUCUGAGACCUUCAAGGAGGGCGUUCAGGAGGUUUUCUUCCCCUCGGAGCUCAGUCUUCGGAUGCCGGGCAUGACUUCAGAGGACUAUGUGUUUGACAGUGUUUCUGGGAACAACUUUGAGUAUACCCUAGAAGCCUCAAAGUCACUUCGGCAGAAGCAAGGGGACAGCACCAUGACAUACCUGAACAAAGGCCAGUUCUAUCCUGUCACCCUAAAGGAAGUGAGCAGCAAUGAAGGGAUCCACCACCCUAUCAGCAAAGUUCGAAGUGUGAUCAUGGUGGUUUUUGCUGAAGACAAAAGCAGGGAAGACCAGCUAAGGCACUGGAAGUACUGGCACUCCCGUCAGCACACGGCCAAGCAGAGGUGCAUUGACAUUGCUGACUACAAAGAAAGCUUCAACACCAUCAGCAACAUUGAGGAGAUCGCCUAUAACGCCAUUUCCUUCACCUGGGACAUCAACGAUGAGGCGAAGGUCUUCAUCUCUGUGAACUGCUUGAGCACAGAUUUCUCUUCUCAGAAGGGUGUAAAGGGCUUGCCGCUGAACAUCCAAAUUGACACGUAUAGCUAUAACAACCGUAGCAACAAGCCAGUACACCGGGCCUACUGCCAGAUAAAGGUCUUCUGCGACAAGGGAGCUGAACGGAAAAUUCGGGAUGAAGAACGAAAACAGAGCAAGAGAAAAGUUUCUGACGUUAAAGUGCAGCUCCUUCCCUCACACAAACGGACGGACAUCACAGUGUUCAAGCCUUUCCUGGAUCUCGACACUCAGCCUGUCCUCUUCAUUCCUGACGUGCAUUUUACCAACCUGCAGCGGGGAAGUCAUGUUCUUUCCCUCCCCACUGAAGAACUGGAAGGUGACGGGUCUGUCUUGAAAAGGGGACCAUUUGGAACUGAAGAUGACUUUGGAGUUCCUCCGCCUGCUAAGCUGGCUCGGACAGAAGAACCGAAGAGAGUGCUGCUCUAUGUCCGAAAGGAAUCAGAAGAAGUCUUCGAUGCCCUGAUGCUCAAGACCCCAUCUUUGAAGGGCUUGAUGGAGGCAAUCUCAGACAAGUAUGAUGUCCCCCAUGACAAGAUUGGGAAAAUAUUUAAGAAGUGCAAAAAGGGGAUCCUGGUGAACAUGGACGACAAUAUUGUAAAACACUACUCCAAUGAGGACACCUUCCAGCUGCAGAUCGAAGAAGCCGGCGGAUCAUACAAGCUCACCCUGACAGAGAUUUAAGGUGGGGGCGCUCAGCCCCCAGGCGUAGGGAUUCAGUGAAAGGGUUCCAUAGAUCUAUAGUUGGCCAGCAGAGGAGCCCAGGCACCUACCCUGCAGAACCUUAAAUAUCAGGGAAGGAACCUUUCACGUAGGAAGGGCACUGUGUAUAUCAUGCUGUGUUGAUGUUUUCCUUGUGAUAGAAAUCUAUGUGUUGUUGUUGUUGUUGUUGUUUGAAUUUCUGAUGUGCUUAGAGAGUGAAGCAUGAGGACUUUGCACCGGAUCUAACAGACCGUGGGUUAUCUGCUAUACCACUUGUCAAGAUCUGCCCGUGUCCAUGGAGCAGUGGCUGCUGGCUGGCAAGAGAUGGGAAGGCAGUAGCUUGUCUUUGAGGAUUUUGUGUUCUCGAUGACCUCAGUCUAAUUGUGACUGCCUUGAGGAGUGGGCCCAGCCCUCAGUGAUAAAGGGCUGAGCCCUCUCCCUCCACCUCUCCUCCUCCAGUGUUUACUGAAUAGGGUGCAUUACUGGAACCUUCCCUUGCAACUUCCUUGGACAUAUUGACUGCCUUUCUGAUGAAGAACUUACAUGAGCGACAGUGUGAAGUUAGUUUAGUGGAAGCUGUGUUGUAUAUAAGUGCAAUAUUGUUUUGAAGGUCUGUAAAUGUGUACAUAUAUGUCUGAUAUAAAUAUAUAAUAUAUGAAUACGGUGUCUGUGUACAGAUAGUGAAGGUGAGCAGGAAGAUCUACCUUGAAAACCCUCUUAAAGAAGAGGUUAAGUUAUUUUCCAUAACAUGGACCAAGCAGGUAGAAUGCUAUUUCCCCAAACACUAGCAAGUGUUCCCUAGCAUAGCAAAAAGCCAUCUCAUGUGGCAGAGCCAUCUGCUCUUGCGAAUGUUGUCACUGUGUGGGUUUCUGCACCCUGAGUGGAGAUAAUGGAAGGCUGGACUGCAGCCACUGUAUGAGGUGUGUGUGCAGGUGUCAGCCAGCUGUGCCCAUGUGAGUCACAGCUGUCGCCAUGAGCCAGCGAUGCAAACCAAGAUGGGCAGAUUCUCUAAGUGCUGUGUUUCAGAGCUUCCAAGCGUCAAGCAUUCAUGAAUUUACAAUUCUGUGGCAGGGGAAUCUUUAGUGCAUACUUAAAUAUUUAAAAACAAAACAAAACUUUACAUUGUAACUUUAUAAUGAAUCCUGUAACAGAAAUACAACUGCGGGUUUCUUUAGGUUCAGGGAACUAGAAUAGGUCAUUUGUGCGAGCAGGAUUGUUAGCAGUAGACUUAGCUUCCUGAUGAAGUAUGUGAACAAAAUAGCUGGUUUUCUAAGAUACGGGAUACGGGUCAUAUAACAAUAUUUUAUAUUUUGUUUUAUGAAAUCAGUUUUAUUGUUUUAAUUGUAUCAUUGAACAUGUGUUUUAAACCAAAGGAAUUGAAUUUUAUAAGUCUAUUUCACAAGAUGUCAGCUUCUGUUAUUCAGCCUAAUUCAUUUACUCAUCCCUUUCCUUUGCCUCGGCUGACCCAGAACUUGCUAUGUAGACCAGACAGCCUCAGACUCAAGAGUUCUGCUCCCCAAGUGCAGGGAUUGAAGGCAUGCCCCACUACUCACAGCAUCACUUUUAAAGCUCAGACUGACUGAAUUCAUAAACCUUCCUCAGCCACCCCAGCACUGGAAUUACAUGCGUACACACCAUGUGCUUUUAAUGAAUAAGAUGCAGUUAAUGAAGUCAUCUGGCCUAGGAGAGUUCCUGUGACUUCUGAGCAUUUUCCCGACUACAUUCUUAGGCCCGAGAUGCAGCCUGUGCCCUCAGCCUGGGCUACUGAUGGCUCAGCGGCUUAGGUCCAGCUUGAGGAUCGCUUCCUCCCAGCUCCCAGUGCUGACACUGGCUCAACUCACUGGACUCUGACCUUGGAACCUGGCAUUGUCCGAGAGGCAGCUUCCCUAGCCAGCAUCAGUUACCUGGUAGACACUCGAGAAACUUAUGACUUCCCCACCUUUAGCCAACCCAGGCAGUUUUGAGGACUUUGUGGAAUUUCUAAGCCCAGAAAUGAAUCUGGGUAGGUCUUGGACCACGUGGCUCAGGGUAAAAACUGUCGAGUGAACAGCAAUGAUUUAAGCAGGGAAUGGUGGUUUCAAGGAGCAAGAGACCCUGGUGGGAGGGUGUGGCAUCGUAGAGGAAGGCUGAGUAUGUCUCAGCAUUUGGACAGCUACCUGUGCCUUGGCAGUGUUGAAAGAGGUAUGGUGUUUGUUUCUGUGACUCCAUGUGCUCCAGGAAAGAGCUAUGUGACAUCAUCCCAUGUUGGCAAUCACAUCCCACCUGAGGUCACCAGCGGUGCAGACAGGCUUUGAUUACUGACACCUCCUGGGGGUUAGACCUGGUGCUCAGAGGGGAUCCUAGGUUGUGCUCAGGUCUCCUGUCUUAAGCAUAUGACUCCUGAUCUUGAACUCUAAGCACUUGAUCCCUGGUCCCAAACUCAUGUAACUACUAUGUGCUUCAAAUCUCUGGAUCAAAUACAAAUGUAACAUCAAAAAAAAAAAAAUCCAGUUAGCUCCCAGAAUGAACAGUACGGCUCCACGAGAAGGUGACUGGAAUUUAGACACCCACCUCCCAGUCUUCCAAGAAGACCAUUGAGAAGGUCUUACGGGAUAAAAGUUUCUGGAGUGAGCUCUUUAAUGGGAUUAGGGCUAAAGAUACUACUGACUCCGCCACUGUGGUCUUAGCAGUGAGCACUGGAGGCGUGAACUGAAUGGAGUGCAGUCUCACCACUGGACACUCAGGCGAAUGCUUCCAAACAGCGGAUAGUAGCUGUUCACAAGCCAAGAAAUAGAAUGAUGUUCACCUGGACUUAGGAGACAAAAUGAUGGAGGAGAUGUGUUCUGGGAUCCAGAGACCUGGGUCAGGUGCCAUGAAGACCCAGAACUCUUGGGUCUGGGCUGGCAGGAGCCAGAGCAGCAGAACCACUGACUGAAUCAGAUGCUUCAUCCCGUGGUUGAUUUACAGCCAUCCUGGAUGACCAUUAGUAAUAUAAGGCGAUGGCUUGGGGGACACAGGACUCUACGUUGAAAAGAGGACAUGUGAGAAGGUUGACUAAGCUAGAGAGAAGUGGCCUCCCCCCCCCCCCGCCCCCCGCAACGGUAUCCACCUGCCUUCAACAAAGUAUUCAGUGGUGGGAGUGGAGGUUAUACACUGGCUCAGCAGCAGCCUUCCAAUCCCAGUGCUCAUGUAGCUAUGGCUACUGUUGAGUGUCCAGUCAACCACGAGCAGGGGCCAGCACUAAACUGUGCUAUAGCACCAGCUUCCAUCAUAGAAGGGCAGCUUUGACUCUUACUGGAAUGCACACUGGAUUUUCUUCACCCUCCUUGCAUGACUGAUGCUCCUGCUAAAACUACCACCUGAACGCUUGCAGAGUGCCCUGUCCCCUGUCAAGAUAUUCCACUCAACAUUGCUUCUGACCAAAACACCCACUUCACAGCCAAAGACAUCGUCCAGUGAGCCCAUCCUCACAGAAUUCUCAUGUCUCACCAUGUUCCUCGCUGUCCCAAGGGCUGUCUUAAUAGAACUGCACACCGCCCCUUUGAUGACUCCAUUACAGGGCCACCUAGUCCCUACAGGGCUAAAACAAGGUUCUCCAGAAAAGCUGCAUUUGCUCUGGAUCAACAUGGGGACACUAUGGUUUCUGCUAUCGAGACUCCUCCCAUGCAGGAGUGGAAGGAUGAAGUGGCAGUGGCACCACUGUGACCUCCCGGAAAACUGCCUUCUGUCCAGCCAUGGCAGUACAUGCCUGUUAAUCACAGCACAUGGAGGGGGAGGGUCAGGACUCGGUCAGCUACGUGGAUAUGUCAGCCAGUGCUACAAGAUCCUGUAUCACGGAAGAACAAGGAGCCGGAGAGGCGGCCCAGCAUCUGCAGUGUGCAUGUCUCCCGCUGAGGACCCGAGUCUGGUUCCCAGCACCCACACUGGCAGCUGACUACCAUGUGUAAUUUCAGCCUUCUAGCCUCUGUGGGUAACUGCGCACACACACACACACACACACACACACACACACACACACACAAUUUUUUUAAAUAAAGUAUUUAAAAAUCUUUUGAAAAGAAAUGAAAACAAAA